UUGCAUUGCCCGGAGGAAAGGCAGAGGAGGGUGAUGCUGAUGAUGCAGCAACAUCAUUAAGGGAGGCAAAGGAGGAGAUUGGGCUUGAUCCAGCCUUGGUCACUGUCGUUUCCUCGCUUGAGCACUUCUUGCCCAAGUUGUUUCGUCGCUGCGAGGGUCUGGUGUUCGACGACCUCCCCGUGCGUUCAACGAGCUCUGCCCCGGCGUUCGUGGCUAGGCAAGAUGAGUGAUCGUGCGUGGAUGUACACCGGUCACACUAGUCAGAAAGACAUGACCCAUGAAUGGAUAACAAAAACCAAGGGGUUUGUGAGAGUCGCAUUUGCAAAUGGACAGAGACAAUCCUGGUGCCCCUGUGUCGAGUGCGACAACUAUCAUAAGAGGUCAGAGUUUGAAAUGAUCAAACACCUGCAGAAGUGGGGUUUUACGCCUAAUUAUACGGUCUGGACAUUUCAUGGUGAGUCUGCCCAACGUGCCAGAGCUGAGUGGGCCGUCGUCGCACCGACGAGCAUGGUAUCGGGAUGGAAGACAUGGUGGAAGACUUUGAUGAUGCUCGGGAUUCGGAUGAUGAGAUGGAGGAAUCUGCAAAGGCCUUCAAUGAUAUGUUGGAGUCUUCAAAACGUCCUCUCCACGAGCACACUGAGCUUCGUCAGCUGGAUGCCAUCGCACAAGUAAUGGCUCUAAAGGCUCAAUUCAACUUGGGCAGAGAAUGCUACGACGCGAUGAUGACACUAUUUGGACGCUUUCUACCCAAAGGCCAUGUAAUGCCUGCAAACCUGUACCAGUCGGACAAAAUCCUCCGUGUACUUAAGAUGCCCUAUGAGAAGAUAGAUGCCUGUGAGAAAGGAUGUGCCUUAUUUAUACUUGAGUAUGUGGACUUGAAGUAUUGUCCCGUUUGCCAGUCUUCCAGGUAUGUUGUGGUAGACAACGGUAUGGGUGAGAAGAGUCAGAUAAAAAUCCCAGUUAAUGUUCUUCGGUAUAUGCCAAUCAUACCAAGACUUCAACGUCUUUUCAUGGUCGAAGAGAUGGCUAGACAGAUGACAUGGCACAAAUUGGACAAAAGAACCGAACUGGAUGCAGAUGGGGAGCCGAUGUUGGUACACACAUCAGACGGUUUUGCGUGGAAGCGCUUCGAUGCAAUACAUCAUGCGAAAGCGGAAGAUCCAAGGCAUCCUCGAAUCGCCGUAAGCACGGAUGGGUUCAACGUGUUUGGUAUGAUGGCAGCCCAAUACAGCUGUUGGCCUGUAUUUGUCAUUCCACUCAAUCUCCCUCCCGGACAGAUUAUGCAAAGAAAGAACAUUUUCCUAACGUUGAUAAUUCCGAGGCCCAACUAUCUGGGGAAGAGUAUGAAUGUGUACAUGCAGCCACUUAAGGAUGAAUUGCAAGAAGCUUGGGAUAAUGGGAUCAAGACAUACGACGCCGCUACAAAAAAAACUUCCUAAUGCGUGUGUGGUACAUGUACUCGAUGCAUGACUUGCCGGCGUAUGCGCUAUUCGUUGGUUGGUGUGUGCAUGGUAGGUUCGCGUGCCCCACAUGCAAGGCAGCUCUUGAGUUUCGUUGGUUGCAGGCGGGUGGCAAGUUUUCUUGCUUCGACAUGCAUAGACAGUUCCUGGAUCCUCGUCAUAAGUUCAGAAAAGACAAGAAGAACUUCAUCAAAGGUAGAGUUGUCAAAAACUCUGCACCACCUGCGUUGACAGGCCAACAGAC